GUAGCUAGCUUGACCACUGUCCUGUCCAAGGAGAGGAGCCACCUGCGCCAUGGAGCUGGAGCUGGAGCUGGGGCUUGCACCGCCGAACCACGCGGGAUCGUGCGGCAAGAGGGGGACGAAGGAGGCGUUCGGGAUCGACAAGGCUGGGCUGCCACUCAUCCUGCGCGACGACGAUGGUGACCACGGCAGCAGCUGCAGCGAUGCCCGCGACUGGGAAAUGAGCAACAAGGUUGCCUGCAAGUCGUGCAGGAAGAAGAGGCUGGUGGGGUGGCCGCCGGUGAAGAGCGCGCUCCGCCCGCGCAGCAAUGGCGGCCACGUGAAGGUGAAGAUGGAAGGGGUGCCCAUCGGGAGGAAGGUGGACCUGUCCCGCCACGCCUCCUACCACCAGCUCCACCACACGCUCCGCCUCAUGUUCCCCUCCUCCACUUCUCACCAUGGUGAUCCAUACGCCGUCACCUACGAGGAAGGGGAUGGGGAUUGGAUGCUCGUCGGAGACGUGCCGUGGGAGGACUUUGUCAUGUCGGCCAAGCGGCUCAAGAUACUACUCGUGUAACCGACUACAGUAGUUGCCAUUGCUAGUUGAGUUUGGGGGUCAUGGAUCUGCACCGGCCCGCCGUGUGUGACUAUUUAGUUUUAGCUCACUGAAU